CAAUCACAAUCGACCGACCACUUCGACAUUCGAGAUGAAGUCUGCGAUCUUCCUAGCCCUGGUGGCCUUAGCUGCAGCAGUGCCCUUGUUCCACGGUCAAAUCGACGUCAGGAUCGGAUCCGGACCCACCAUAGUCGUCAGCAAUCCUUCCGGAAGGGUUGUCAUCACCCGUGCUUCACCUAACGGCGUUCGCGUUGUUGCCAAGUCCAAUUCCGGAUCGACCAGGGUCGUCCACGUCGAUGGCCAGCAGAAGAUCGUCAAAGACGUCCAAGUACAAUGGGCAGCAGUUGAAGAAGUCGCGCCUUCAGACGAAGCUUCCGCCAACGCUCAAUUCCAGACACUCGUCAACAUCUUCAGGGAGUACCAGGGAGUGAUAGACCAGGGUACGUUCGCUCAGUUGGUGAACGAAGUCAACCAGGCAGCUUUGAACGGUCAAGUCAACCAGGUGGUUGCGGAAGUGUUGAGGAACGCUCAAAACUCGCAGCGAUCGAUUGGAGGAGCUGUAGGACAACAGCAGCAACAGCUCGAAAGUGUACAACAGGUUCAGCAACAGACCCAACAGAUCCUCGACGCUUUGGAACAGAUCAACAACCUCGAACAAGGCGAAGGAGUCCAGAAAUUGCAAAGCAUCAAUGAAAGAAUCCAGCAACAGCAGGUCCAGCAGGCUCUCGAGAACGGACCCCAAAAUAAGCUCGUGUUGAAUGCCAUCGAGCAAAUCCAGCAAGCUCAGCAGUUGCAACAGCUAGCUCAACAGGCCGAACAGCAAUUGCGUCUUCAACAGACCGUUGGAAUCGCUCGCGGUAUCAAUACGGAAGGACAGAUUCAAGAGGCGCGUCAGCUGCAACAACAGCAACGACAGACUCUCGCACAGCUGCAGCAGCAGUUGAACGGUGCCAACCCGGAAUCUCAGAAACCGCAGGCUAUUCAGAACGCUCAGCAGAUUCAACGCGCUCAGCAACUACAACAGUUGGUACAGCAGAACGUUCAGCAAUUGCAAGGCACCGCAGCAGCUGGGAAUCCGAAUGCGUGGCGACAAAUCCAGCAAGCGCAACAACUGCAGCAACUCAUCCAGCAAACCGUCGGACAACUUAAUGCGGAACAGAACCCGUGGAGUCAGUCCCCGGCUCAGCAAACAGCUCAGAACGUUCAACGGCUAGAGAUCGCCCAGCAAUUGCAACAGUUGGCUCAGCAAACCAUUCGACAAGCGCAAGAAGCACAACAGCAACAACCGAACCCGUUCGCGUUCCAAGGUGGUCCGCAGCAAGCCGAGCAAGCCCAGCAAAUCGAACAAAUCGAACAGUUGCAACAGCAAGUGGCCCAGACUAUCGCGAGCCUGCAGCAACAAUCGAACAUCGGCGGUCCGUUCUUGGGAGCUCAGGCUCAGCAGCAGAUCGGCCAAGCGAGUCAGCUCGAGCAGUUGGCGCAACAGGUGCAACAGCAAUUGCAACAGAGCGUUAACCGCGGAGGACAGGUUCAAAACUUAGCUCUGCAGACGCGCACCGCUCAAGAACUCCAACAGCUAGCUAGGCAAACGGCUCAGCAGUCGGGUUCGAACCUCGCGGCUUCCCAGAUCAUCGCUCAAGAGAUCCAGCUCGCGUUACAGCUCAGUCAGGUAGCCAAUCAAGCUAUCCAGCAAUCCCAGCAGCAACAGAACCCUAUCGCGCAACAGCAAGCUCAACAAUUGGCUCAGAUCGCUCAGCAGACCGUAGCUCAGUUACAGCAAGCACAAAUUCGGCAGAACUUCGCGGCAGGCAACUUCGCUCUGGGACAACCUAACCCCAACACUCAACAGAUUCUAAGCGGCAUCCAGAACACCCUGCAGCAAAUCAGCCAGCAGCAGAGACAAAACCAACAGCUCGCUUUCCAACAAGAACUGAUCAAUCAGGAACUAAGACAGUUGGUGACCCAAGAGCAGUUGGGUCUGGCCGAUCCCCAGCCGAACCAGCAAGCGCAGCAGGGACUCAGCAUCCAACAGGGCCAACUCAUAAAGCAACAACUGGCUAACCAAUUGCAGAUUCAGCAGUUGCAGCAGCAGCUUCAGAACCAGGAGCGGCAGCUGCAACAGACCUCGCAGGGUCAGCGUCAACUGUCAAACUGGUUUUGGAAGGGACAGCAAGGGCCGAGGGCUUUUGGAUUUGGGCCGCAAUGAAAAGGUCAUGGGAGAACUUCGAUAACGGGACCGAGUACCUUAGAAUGUAGAUCGUUUGAAAAGAAAUAAAUGCCAUAAAAAUUUA